GAGCUCCCGAGCUUUUCAUCAGAGUGGAGGACAGUCCGGAUCAAACGGAGUGCUUUUGUUUUUCCACCUGCUCAACGGGAUGUAUCUGUGUCCAGAUUUUGGGAUGUAGGAUUUAAACACUCCAUACAGGACUGUGAUGGACACUUAGAUUCAUUAAGUUGCACUGAUUGGUCAUACUGUGAUUGACUCUCUGCUUUGUAAAGUUUUUUUUCUUUUUCUUUUAGCCUUAAACCCCCACAGAGUGUGUCGGAUCACACACCAGCGCUGUCUGUCUGACAGAGAACAGCGCGCAAACAGGGGUUGAAGUGGAAAUGGUCAUUCUGCGCGCGUCUUACUCGCUUUUUCAAUCCUCCAAAAGUCCGGUAGGUUCGCACGGCGCGGUUUUAGCUGCUGGACUCACGUCGAGAGUUGGGAUUCUCGCUGUUGGAUCUACGGGAUGUGCAACCGGAGGGAAAGGGGAUCUGUCUGAUAAGUUCUCUUGAUAUUUAUUUUUUUUAUUUCAAUCACCUCUUUUACCCGACGAAAUCUCCUGAAGCGCAAUGAUUUUGGCAACUUUAGUCAUUGCAUUGUCCUUCCUGGAUUCAGUGUUCACCUUGAAGGGUGACGGUGGCUCAGCCUCCCGCCACGUCCGACUGGACUGCGUGAAGGCCAGUGAACAAUGUCUAAAGGAGUACUCCUGCAGCACCAAGUACCGGACCAUGAGGCAGUGCGUGGCGGGGAGGGAGAGCAACUUCAGCGCGGUCACUGGACUCGAGGCGCAGGGCGAGUGCCGCAGCGCAAUAGAAGCCAUGAAGCAGAGCCCCCUUUACAACUGUAGGUGUAGAAGGGGCAUGAAGAAGGAGAAGAACUGUCUCCGGAUCUUUUGGAGCAUAUACCAGAGUUUACAAGGUAAUGAUUUGCUGGAAUACUCUCCCUACGAACCAGUCAAUAGCCGCCUCUCGGACAUCUUCCGUCUGGCCCCUAUCAUAGCUGUCGAGCCUGCCUCCACAAAGGAGAACAACUGUCUGAAUGCUGCCAAGGCCUGUAACCUGAAUGACACGUGUAAGAAAUAUCGCUCAGCUUACAUCAACCCCUGUACCAGCAGGGUGUCCGUUUCUGAGGUCUGCAACAAGCGCAAAUGCCACAAGGCUCUCAGACAGUUCUUUGACAAGGUUCCAACUAAAUACAGCUACGGGAUGCUGUUUUGCUCCUGUCCAGCGGGGGAUCAGACAGCAUGUGCAGAGCGCAGACGACAAACUAUUGUACCCGUCUGCUCCUACGAGGAUAAGGACAAAGCUAACUGUCUGUCUCUUCAGAACACAUGCAAGACCAACUACAUAUGCAGGUCAAGGCUGGCAGAUUUCAUCAGCAACUGUCAGCCAGAAGCUCACUCCAUAUCUGGCUGUCUGAGGGAGAACUAUGCUGACUGUCUGCUGUCUUACUCAGGUCUUAUUGGUACAGUGAUGACACCCAAUUAUGUGCGAUCUUUUGGUAUUAGCCUGUCACCAUGGUGUGACUGCAGCAGCAGUGGGAACAGCAAGCCAGACUGUGACAAAUUUGCAGAGUUUUUCACCAACAACCGAUGCCUACGCAACGCCAUCCAGGCAUUUGGCAACGGAACCGACGUUGGAGUCUGGCAACCUCAACCCCCAAUUCAGUCAACUGCAGAGACAAGCAUCACUCGGAGGGGUAAAGAGCGAACCAGCAACGCUCUGGACACACUGACAGACAUGAGCAAACUGGAUCUUGACGGCAACUCAUUAUAUCACAUCUGUGGGACCUUACAGGCCCAAAAACUGGUAUCAAACCAAACGGUGGAUAGUGCUCUAUGCGUGAACCAUCAACUGGAUGAGUCCGGUGGCUCGAAUGCCAUUCCUAGAAGCUCACCAGCUGAACGCGCCUGCUUACACCCUUCAACUCUGCUACUGGCGCUCGCCUUUGCUUUAACAUCAACAGCGUUACAGCUUGAAGUGUUGCAGCUUUUGUAGGAUCCGAGGACAACGGAUCAACACUCUAAUCUCAAGGAGUGACUGAACUAAUUUUAAUUUCGACAUUUUGCAAAGACGCGACGCCUACAUUUUUCUUUAAGUGGAAAAGAGCAACACAGCAUGAUGCGAGAAGCGAAAUCAUAGAACAGUGGAUUAUAUCUGAGGAUUACAUGUUGGCUGUUGCUGCAUAGAAAACAGACUUGCCGAAUCUGUUGCUGAGAUACCAGCUCAUUUGCCUUCCAUGCCUCGUGGGGGCAAUUUGGUGACUUCCAAAAUCAGAUUCACACUUAGGAACACUCAUUUUUUGGAGAUAAUCUCUGUGAUCUGAUGUGAAUAUAUUCAUUACUUUGGAAUGUGUGCAAUCACUGCACAUUUGAUUGAGAGUACUGCCAAUAUGCUCAACAGUGUUUGCAGCAUAAAACUGAUCGUUCUCUGCAUAACUGUGCUUUGAUUUGCCCCGUCAGUAAACUUGCUUUAAUUCGACAAAAGGAACACGGUAAAGUGUUGAUCUCAAAGUGGACAAUUAGCUCAUUUCACAGACACAAUGUGGGGAGUUCGUAGGAUUCAUGAAACAAAAUGUCCAUAACAGUAUCUUCAGAGGAGAAAGACAGAUUUGCCACAACAAAGCAACAAUCUUCUCUUCUACGUGUUCAGUACUUAUAGAUCCGUUUUGUAGAUUUGAUUGUCAUGGUGGUUUGUGGCUUUAUCACAUCGCCUCUAAAAAGAACAUUUUGUACAUAUGAUACAUGAGUGAACACUAUUACAGUUUGCUGCUGUUAGCUUGUAACAUAUUGUCUGUAAUAUUUUGAGUCUAUGUUAGUAUCUGGUGUCUGAGGCCCCUCAGCUUUAUCCAGCUUAGCUGUGAUUUAUGAAAUGUGACAAGGUAUGGUUCUUUACACAUGUGGCUACAGAUAUGACUUUAUUGUGCAAUUAUAUUUUGAUGGCAAAUGCAUAUUGUUAUCUUGAACAGUAUUUUUUCUUGAAGAAUAUCAAACUAUCUGUAACAGCAAAAAGAACAUAAAGAAAUUACAAAAGUGUC